AUGGAACCAGUUUUGGAUAAAGCAACAAUGAUAAGACCAUCCUAUAUUGCUAGUAUUGAGCUAUCUCCAAGAAAGUGGCCAGUAAAUGUUGAGGACCUUAAAGCAGACCUCUCAGAUGAAUUUUCCCUGGUUUCUUCAAACUUGGAUAUAAGCCAGAGGAACAGUUUGGAUUCCAAGGAACAUAUACAAGUUUGCCUUCGUAUUAGGCCUUUCACAGCAAGUGAAAAAGAAAAUGAAUCUCAGGACUGUGUUUCUAUUCAAGACUCAACUAGCAUUAUAUUGAAAGGCCCUAAGAAUUCAAUGAUCUGUCAGCUGAGUGAAAAAAAUGUAGGGCAGAUGGUGCAGAAAUUCACUUUUUCACGAGUAUUUGGACCUGAAACAACUCAGGAAGAGUUCUUUGACGGUACUGUGAAACAACCAGUACAAGACUUCUUGGAGGGACACAAUCGUCUUAUUUUCACUUAUGGUGUGACAAAUGCUGGAAAAACCUACACUUUCCAAGGGACAGAAGCUGACAUUGGUAUUCUGCCAAGAACUAUGGAUAUGUUGUUUAAAAGCAUUCAUGGCCAACUGUAUCCAGAUAUGGAUUUCAAACCCCUUCGAUGUAAAGAUUAUAUAAGGCUGACUAAAGAACAAGUGAGAGAAGAAAUUGCUGUGAAAAAUUCAAUACUUCGUCUAAUGAAAGAGGUAGACUCUCAAAACAGCAUAAACAAUCACAGCAAAACUUCAGAAUCAUCUGAAGACUUGGAAGAACUCCUAAAAGAACCUGAACAGCCUAACACGAGCAUGGCAAGCUACAUGAAAUUUUCUGUUUGGGUUUCCUUUUGUGAGAUUUACAAUGAGUGCAUUUAUGACUUACUACUCCCAGUGUCAAAUGACAAGAAAAGAAGGGUGCUACGUCUUGCUCAAGACAUCAAAGGCUGCUCUUAUGUAAAAGAUCUGCAGUGGAUUCAGGUUUCUGAUUCAAAAGAAGCUUUUAAACUUCUGAAGCUCGGAUUGAAGCACCAGAGUAUUGCUUGCACAAAACUGAAUACUUACUCCAGUAGAAGUCACAGCAUAUUCACUGUUAAAAUGUUAAAGAUUGAAGAUUCCGAACCACCAAAUGUAACACGAGUCAGUGAAUUGGCACUCUGUGAUCUUGCUGGCUCAGAGAGAUGUACCAAGACGCGCAAUGAAGGUGAUAGAUUGAAAGAGAGUGGAAAUAUUAACACCUCUCUACUGAUUCUAGGCAAAUGCAUCAAUGCACUCAAGAACAGUCAACGGUCAAAGCUGCAGCUGCAUAUACCAUUUCGGGAAAGUAAACUAACUCACUUCCUUCAAGGCUUUUUCAGUGGAAAAGGGAAGGUAUAUAUGAUAGUAAACAUCAGCCAGUGUGCAUAUGAUGAAACCCUCAAUGUGCUAAAGUUCUCUGCAAUUGCCCAAAAAAUUUGUGUUCUAGACGCUUCUAAUGCUCCCCAAGAUCAUCCAUUUGUCCAGAAGUCUGCAAGAGAAGUCUCUCUCAUAAAUAAUGUGGACACUAAAAUCCAGGUAGCAAGAAAAAGAGCCACUGUACUUUGGGACAGGAGCCUGGAAGAUGUGAUAGAAGAUGACGAUGAUUUAACUGUGGAUAACAAUGAGACACAUGAGGAGCAUGAUAUGGCAAAAGAGAUGCCAAAUGAGGAGGAGGAAAAUAAAGUAAUUAUUGGAAAAGAAGAUUAUCUGAGACUACUAAAUAUAAUAGAAGACUUGAAAAGCAAGUUGAUCAAUGAGAGAAAAGAUAAGUUACUCCUGGAAUUAAAAAUUCGUGAAGAAGUCGCACAAGAACUUACUCAGUAUUUGGCUCAACAGGAAACAGAUUUCAGGCAAUGCCUUUCUUAUGAACGAGAAUUGCUAGAAGAAGCUUCUGAACAACGCUUGGAAAUCUACAAGGAUUUAGUAAAUGAAUGUGCCAAAAACCUGGAUGAAGAACAGGAGAUAAAGGAUUCCCAUUGUAAUGAAAGAGCUGGAAUGCUGGACAACACUGUAACUACCAUUAAAAGACAAAUGCCAAAGGAGAACAGCGAUGGGACAAUAGAAGGCACUCAGUCUAGUGAAAGUGUGAAGCAUGGGUUGGAUGUAGGAAGAAAACACUGUUUUGAAAGUAAGCCUACCCAAGAGGAAGAGCCACCUACAAAGAAAGAUACCAUUUCUACCACAGCCGAACAGGGAGCCUUCCGAAAAAAUCUGAAUCCAAUGUCAGAACAAAAGCAAAAAUUCGCAAUUCGUAAACUUUAUCAUCUGAGGAGAAGAAAGUCAGCAAAAUUAAAUGCUAAAUGA